UUCACCGCGUUGUCCCUCGUAAUAUUUGUCUUCAGUCGAAACCAGAGAAUGGAUUUCUCCAUCUCCAUCCACGUAUCUCUGAGCGGGGCCUUGUUCCUGCUCAAUACCACCUUCCUGCUGAGCGAGUGGGGGGCCACGGUGGAGCCCGCCUGGGUGUGUGUGUUUGUCGCGGCCGCCAUGCAUUACUCCCUGCUCAGCUGUUUCACCUGGAUGGCCAUAGAGGCCCUUCACCUCUAUCUGCUGCUGAUAAAGGUGGUCCACACCUACUUCAAACACUACCUGGUCAAACUGUCCCUCGCUGGAUGGGGGAUCCCUGGCAUCAUCGUGGCGGUCUCUUUGGGAGUGAAGGACUUUAAACAGUUUUAUGGACUCACACAAAUGAGCGUGGCUGAUACCAACCAAACCAACGCCAUCUGCUGGAUCACGGAUGACUCCUUCUUCUACUCCUUGAACCUGGUGUAUUUCACCCUCAUAUUCAUCUUCAACACUGGCAUACUGAUAGCGGUGGCCUCGAACAUCUGCAAGAUGAAGCAGGUGUUCAGGAGCAGCUCGAGGCCCGGCGCAGGGGCCGAGGGAGCGACCCAGGGGGACCCCAUGAAGUUCGGCGAGAGCUGCAGGAGCAGCCUCAUCGUGAUGGGUCUCACCUGCCUGAUGGGGAUCACCUGGGGCCUGGCAUUCCUGGGCUCAGGAUACGUCAAUUACACCAUCCUCUACCUCUUCUGCAUCCUCAACUCCACACAAGGUCUGCUGUCCGUUCUGCUCCUCUCUGUUCAAAUGUUCUUCCACCUGAUACCGUGUUGA